AUGCCGCGGCAUCGAUUUCCCUCCAUGUCUUGGGCAACCCGCUGCUGGCAGAAGUUUGCUGGCUCCAAGAAUCCUGACAACGAUGCUCCUCCACUUCCAUACCGCCAGUUCUUCAUUCUGGCUUUGGUGCGCAUUUGUGAACCAAUUGCGUUCAUGUCUGUGUUCCCUUAUGUCUACUUCAUGGUUGAGUCAUUCCAUGUCACGGACAGCAACGAACAAAUCGCCGUUUUCGCCGGUAUGAUCACCUCUGCCUUCACUUUUGCUGAGUUUAGCAGCGGCCUCUUCUGGGGUCGUCUGAGUGACCGGGUUGGUCGGAAACCAGUCCUCAUUAUGGGAUUAGUCGGAACUGCUAUCAGUAUGCUGUGUUUCGGCUUUGCGCCCAACUUUCCCACCGCUCUGAUUGCCCGUGCCCUUGGUGGCUUGCUCAAUGGGAAUAUCGGGGUUCUGCAGACUACUGUGGCCGAACUAGUGACGGACCAGAAACAGCAGCCGCGGGCAUACUCGAUCAUGCCUUUUAUCUGGUGUCUAGGUUCAAUCGUAGGCCCAGCUUUAGGUGGUGCAUUAGCGAGACCGGUGUUAAGUUAUCCAAAUUAUUUCAAACCAGGCACGAUUUUCGACCGUUUUCCCUUUCUCCUGCCCAAUCUGGUGUGCAUUUUCGUUCUCAUGAUCGGCAUUACCAUUGGCAUUCUGUUCUUGGAAGAGACACAUGCUGAGAAAAAGUACCGCCGUGAUCGUGGAUUGGAGUUGGGUCGUUGGUUGCUGAAGCGAUUUUCGAGUUCCGACGGUUUCGAGCCAAUUGGUGAAAAAGCUGGCCUCAUUGGAGGAGAAGACGACCUACCCGAUGAUGACCCUCCCCCAGUCUAUAGGAGCAGAGAAGCAUCUCCUCGGACUUCAUCGAUUGGUGAAGUUCGCCCGCGCAACGCGGGCUCUGACGUGGAACAACCUACUGCCCCCCCUCGCAUCGGGUUUAGCCAAGCAUUUACCAAACCAGUCAUUCUGAAUAUUAUAGGAUAUGGAAUCCUGGCAUUCCAUAGCGUCUCCUUUGACCAGCUAACGCCUAUCGUUCUCAGCACACCUAAGUCAGAAGAUAUUGUUACGCUUCCUUUCCAUUUUACCGGCGGCUUAGGGGUGUCCACUAAUUAUAUGGGCUUUAUGCUCUCUGUGCAAGGCAUCUACUCCCUGUUUGCGCAGAUUUUAUUUGUUCCGUUCGCAUUACAACAUCUCGGAGCUCUGAGAACUUUACGGCUUGUCUUGUUUAUCUGGACGCCCCUCAAUUUCGUGGUUCCGUAUUUCGUUUUGCUCCCGUCGGGCUUGCAAAUUCCUGCCUUUUACGUGGCCCUCCUCGGCAAGAUCACUCUUCAGAUUACAGCUUUCCCAGCGACUACUGUGUUGCUGGCCAAUGCUAUCCCAUCACGAGACGUCAUGGGAUCAGUCAAUGGCGUAGCAUCAUCGGUGGCCAGCCUUGGCCGAGCUCUUGGUCCGCUUAUAACCGGCUAUGUGCAUACAAAAGGGCUUAACAGUGGCAUAUCUGUCAUUGCCUGGUGGGUUCUGGGAUUCGUCACUAUCAUGGGUGCGAUUGAGAGCCUCUUUAUGCAGGCGCCUAGCUUGCCAAGUCAGAAUACGCCUGAGACGUUCGACGAGUCUGUCAAUGAGUCGGAUGAUGAAAGUGACGGGAAGCUUGGGGGGCUGUGCCAGCCUCAAGAAUCCCCGCUUCCCCUUGAUCCUGAGCCACGUGUGCCUGACGAAGAAGUUGGGCUACUUUCCGCACAUUUUAAUUCCGAAGUCUCCGAAGUCUACGAGGCGGUCAAGAGCAAAAUUGGAGUUUAA